GGGCAGAGGUCGGGGCGCGGCGCGGCGCGCGGCGAUGAUGUAAUGGCUUUGUGCGGUGGGGCGGCGGGGGCAGCAGCUUCAGCGUCUCGCGCGCCGACUCGCGGCUCUGCGGCGUCCUGGGGCCGCCGCCGCCGCCGGGCCUCGCCAACCCGCCGCGGCCUGGCCCGGCCCGCCCGGCACCGUAAAAAAAAAAAUAAAGCCCUCUUCAUGAAACUGAUCCCCAGUCAAGUGUAACUUUUGAUGUAUGGUCUUUAAAGCCCCCCACUAUGCCAGCAGCUACCGUAGACCAUAGUCAAAGAAUCUGUGAAGUUUGGGCUUGUAACUUGGAUGAAGAGAUGAAGAAAAUUCGUCAAGUUAUACGGAAGUAUAACUAUGUAGCUAUGGAUACAGAAUUUCCAGGUGUAGUUGCAAGGCCUAUUGGAGAAUUCAGAAGCAACGCAGACUAUCAGUACCAGUUAUUACGCUGUAAUGUAGACUUGCUAAAAAUAAUUCAACUGGGACUGACAUUUAUGAAUGAGCAAGGAGAAUACCCUCCAGGAACUUCAACUUGGCAAUUUAAUUUUAAAUUUAAUUUAACAGAAGAUAUGUAUGCCCAGGACUCUAUUGAACUGUUAACGACAUCUGGCAUCCAAUUUAAAAAGCAUGAGGAAGAAGGAAUUGAGACACAGUACUUUGCAGAACUACUCAUGACAUCGGGAGUUGUACUGUGUGAAGGAGUCAAGUGGCUUUCAUUUCAUAGUGGAUAUGACUUCGGCUAUCUAAUCAAAAUCCUGACAAACUCUAAUCUACCUGAAGAAGAGCUGGACUUCUUUGAGAUAUUGAGAUUGUUUUUCCCUGUCAUCUAUGAUGUAAAAUAUCUCAUGAAGAGUUGCAAAAAUCUGAAGGGUGGAUUACAAGAAGUGGCUGAGCAGUUAGAGCUGGAAAGGAUAGGACCACAGCAUCAGGCAGGAUCUGAUUCUUUACUCACAGGAAUGGCCUUUUUCAAAAUGAGAGAAAUGUUCUUUGAAGAUCACAUUGAUGAUGCCAAAUAUUGUGGCCACUUAUAUGGCCUUGGUUCGGGGUCAUCUUAUGUACAAAAUGGCACAGGAAAUGCAUAUGAAGAAGAAGCCAACAAGCAGUCAUGACAUGAAAUGAAAGGCCAUCUUUUUUGAGCUCCACGUGCUUGUAUAUAGGUUUUAUCUCUGGUUGAACCCCUUGGACAAUAAGGCUUUUUUUCCCCUUUUCUCAGCACACAUUCUUUUCUGCCUUUCUAUGUACUAAACCUGACUGUUCCUAUCACAGAUUUUGAUCUUAAUAUUGAUAUGUAGAAUUUUCUGGGUUACUUUUGGCCUCGUAGUUAGCCCAUUUGUAAAGAAGCAUGUGUAGGAUCAGUGUGGCAGAGAGAAGGGGAAAACUAAAUCAUAAUGAAUAGUCUGGUAAACUUACCUAGUUGGUCUUAGUUUUUUUUGUCUUUUCCCUUCCCCCCCGCCCCCACUUCCUUCCUUCUCCAGAUUAACUAGCACUGAUUAUAACUAACUUCCCCAUUCUUGUCUGUCCCUUCCAGUAUGCAGGCGUUUUAGCUAUUCAAGAUUGUGGACCAUCAAAUUUGCACUUUAGAGAGUGACUCUGACUCAGAUCCUCUGUUUUAUUUGAAAUUUUGUUUUUGUUUUUCUUUUUUCUUUUGCCCUCAACUAGAAAACAAUCAUUUGCCAAGUUCAGCAGCUUCACUCUGAAUUUCCUUGAUAUCGACCUGUAGAACAUGACUCAUUUGCUGCAUAACCUGCAUUUGUUCAAGCAAAACAAACUACUGAAGUCAUAACAACUGCUGUUAUUUUACUAGUAUUCAGUCAUCAUCAAACACAUCCUGCACAUGUCAGCUUCUAGUUGGCCUGCUGCUUUAAAACCGCUCUGUGAUGGGGGAAAGAUGUUUGAAAAACCAGCUUUACACCCUUCAGGAAAAGAACAGCUAUGACUUUAGCAUUUUUGCCAGUAAGCUGAGAGUUGAAGGAUAUUGGAACAGUAGGAAUUUUGUAAUGGCACGCUUCCCUCAAUUAACUUCCUAGCUUUUAUUCUAGUAAUGUAUAUCCCAAAUAUUUUUUAUGAAGUCAUAUUUAUUAUGUACUUGAUUUGAUGAUUUUUGAAAGUCAGUUUAGUUAAAGAUAAAACCCAAAGAUCUGAAAAAAUACUAUUUAAUUGAAUUAUUAAAUUAGAAGAACAAUUAAAUCGUGCUUUUUUUGUAGUUGCUACAAAGACAGAUGUUACAGAGAUUUGUUGUAAAACAACAAAAUAUAAAUAACUUAUAGCUAAUAAAGUUACCUGAGGAGUGUAAUGCUAGUUUAUUUUUGAGUAUUAUCUUAGCAAUAUAUUUUAGAUAUAUUGUUUUAAAGGACCCUAAAGUAAGUUCUUCACCCUGCAUAGCAUGUGUACAGAGCAGUUGUGCAGGAAGCAUUUUUGGUAUUGAAUAGCUAAAUACUAGCCUGAAAUGAUGGAAUGUGCGACAUUGUGUGCCUGUGUGUGUGUGCGCGCGCGUAUGUGUGUGCGUGUUCUACACGGAAAUCAAUAGUAGAAGAAUCUCCAAAUGUUCGCCAAAUUAUUGUUUUACCUUGUACUUCAAAAAAUUCUUUUUUUCAUUGAGUUACAAUGAUGUAACUGGGUGGUCCUUUUUAAAACAACAAAUUAUUUGCAUAACAGAGGGUAUUUGUUUUUAAAGCUUUUGUAAAUAAAGGCUUCAGAAAUGUUUUCUUACAUAA